UUGGAGAUUAGGCGGUGGACUGCAUAAAAUUGCAGAGGAGAAGAGAAGAGGAUUCUACAGGGAAAUACUCAAAUACUUUUAACCAAAAAAAAGGAUAGCGAAAAGGCUCAACAACGUGGCAAAGGCCGCAGCCAACAUGUUUCCAUGGAAGCCGCAGCGGUUUACACGUCGAUUGUUGUUUCCACAGCCCACGUUGUUGUUCGCUCUUAUCAUCAUCGUAUUAUCCCUAUGCUACAGCGGCGCCUCUGCUUCAUCAUCGGAAUACUGCACCUUUGCUGGGAGGAAUUCCACCCAAAUGGGUAGUACAUGUAAAAAUGUGUGGAAUAUCUUAAAUCAGCAUGCUCGGGUUCAAUCCCGGGCCUUUACUUCCAGUGGGAAGUUGGGUCCUAAAACUAGUGGUGAAUGUUUGAAGAAGGAUAACAAUGUUUCACUCUGUAAAUGUGGGUUUGCGUUAUUGGACUCGAGCUUCUUCAGCGAGGCAAAGAUGCUUGAGAUUGAAAAGGGUGCAAAGGAGUUUAAUGUUCCUAUCGUACGAGCCAACCGGAAGUUAGUUGCUUCUGCUAAUGGCGGUUUGCAUAACCCAUCUCCAUUGGUUUUCAACGCUGCUUGGAGUGACCAAAAUGUGCAGCCUAUGACAGAAAGAUUUUCUUAUCCAUCUCCCUCGUCUGUACAGAGGCCGGGAGAUGAUGAAGACAUUGCCUUUAUGAGUAUCCCAGAAUUGGGGGAACUCAUUAAGACAAAACAAAUUACAUCGGAGGAGCUUACUCAUAUUUUCUUGAAGAGACUGAAAAGGUAUGGUCCGGUGUUGGAAUCCGUGGUCACUGUUACUGAAGAAUUAGCAUAUCAACAGGCCAAAGAGGCUGAUCAGCUGCUUGCAAAUGGAAACUAUUUGGGUGCACUUCAUGGGAUUCCAUAUGGUUUGAAGGAUAUUAUUUCAGUACCACAGUACAAGACAACUUGGGGAUCCCGAACUUUUAAAAAUCAGACUCUUGAUAUCGAGGCUUGGGUUUAUAAAAGGUUGAAAGCUGCUGGGGCAGUUCUUGUUGCAAAACUGGUCACGGGAUCAUUAGCAUAUGAUGACAUCUGGUUUGGCGGUAGGACAAGGAAUCCAUGGAAUAUUGAGGAAUACUCCACCGGUUCUUCAGCUGGGCCAGCUGCUUGCACCUCUGCAGGUUUGGUACCGUUUGCAAUUGGUUCUGAAACAGCUGGGUCCAUGACUUACCCCGCUUCUCGUUGUGGUGUCACUGCAAUACGGCCAUCUUUUGGAGCUGUUGGUCGAACUGGAGUUAUGAGCAUAUCCGAGAGCCUGGACAAAUUAGGUCCUUUCUGUAGAGAUGCUGCGGAUUGCGCAAUCGUUUUGGAUGCAAUCAGGGGUAAGGAUCCCGAUGAUCUUUCAUCCCGGAACAUUCCCCUGUCUGAUCCAUUUUCGGUUGAUAUCAAGACACUUACUGUUGGAUAUCUUAAGGAUGCUGAGAUGGAGGUUGUUAAUGUACUCCAGUCAAAAGGAGUUAAAGUGGUUCCAUUCGAACUGAAUUACACGGUUGAGUCUGCUCAAGGCAUCCUGAAUUUCACAAUGGAUGUCGAUAUGCUGGUUCAUUUUGAUGAAUGGCAGCGUUCAAACAAGGAUGAUGAGUAUGAGGCUCAAGAUCAAUGGCCUCUUGAACUUCGACGAGCACGAGUAAUACCUGCGGUGGAUUAUAUUCAGGCACAAAGGGCUAGAGGGAAAUUAAUUUGGGAAGUGCAUGAGAGUUUCAAAGUGGAUGCAUUUAUUGGAAAUGCAACUGAUUGGGAGAAAGUAUGCGUGGGCAAUCUUGUGGGUAUGCCCGUGGUUGUUGUCCCAACAGGGUUUAAGAAGAUAUCCAACGCGCCUUCAAACGAUACCCGGAGGAGAUCUACAAUCACCACCGGCAUUUAUGCUCCUCCCGAUCAUGACCAUAUUGCCUUGGCAUUGGCAAUGGCGUAUCAGUCGGUCACUGACCAUCACAAACAGCGCCCACCAAUUGACGAUCUCGGCCCCAAUGACUACAUCCCAAAUCCACCUAUAGUCCCUGUGCCACCCAGACAACUGCGUGCUUAUUAGAUCAACUAUGUACACCGUCGAAUUGCAGUGCUGUCCAUAGAGGUUUCAAGACUAAUGUGGAUGAGAGCGAGGGAGAAGAGAGGGUGUCUAAGGUGCUCGGGUGCGUGCAUGCCCGCUAUUUGUGCUGCUGAUUUUUUUUUUUUUUUCUUUCUCUCCUGCUCUCUUAGUAGGUACCUAAAAAUUUGUGCGAAACACUACAUAAUAGAGAAUGCUCUCUUUGAGUCAAAGAGCAUAUGUCUGAAAACGAACUGUAUUAUGGAUGUAACUUGUAAGAGGUUAUUAACAAGUUUGGUCUUAUUAUUGUAUCAUAAAUAAAAUACUUCAUGCGUUUACAUAUA